GCUAUUUUUCCGUUACAUUUUCGCAGAUUCGCUUUUUAAGUGUUUGAAGUAGAUUGUAACUUUUUCCACGUAGAACUAGAAUUACUGAAUUAGUUUGAUAGCUAGACUAGAUCUAGAAUCUAGACUAGUGUUAACAUAGACCUAGAUCUAUAUAGACUUGAGAUUAGAGCUUGAUCUAGAUCUAUAUUAGUAUAUUUAGAUCUAGAUCUAGUUAGCUGCCCCUAGUAAAUAUUGACUCUUUUAUUGAGUACACAAAAAUUCAGCUCAAAAUCUGAAAAUGGCAUUUGGACUGUAUUCCUUGAUUGAAUCUGCAAUACUUUGCUUAAAUGCCAUAUGCAUUUUACAUGAAGAGCGGUUUUUAGCAAAAAUUGGCUGGGGUGUGGACCAGCACAGAGGGUUUGGUGAAAGUCCUGGUGUCAAAUCUCAAGUGCUUAAUCUUAUCAGAUCCAUCAGAACAGUGAUGAGAUUUCCUUUGAUUGGUGUUAAUAUAGCAACUAUAAUUUUAAAAUUGCUAUUUGGAUGACAAAUGUACUCAGCAAAUCAUGAAAAGAAAGCACUUUCUUGAAAAAAAAUGUGAUGAGAUCUUCAUUCAAGAAGAGAAACUUCUGUACAUCUUAUGUACAAAUAGAAAUGGACUUUCAGUUCUCACAACUUAUUUGUAAUAUAGAUAGGGAAAUGUUUAAUAUGUGUAUGCAAAUUUUCACAUCCUGACCAUUGUAAUUGCAACAAUUAAAAUGAGCUCUCUUCAUUUCAUGCAUGGUUGUACAUUUAAUAAAAAUGCUCAAGACUUUUCA